AGCAAAAGUUACACAAGACAGAAGAAUCCAUAAAGCCGUUUCCUUCAUCCUCUUGUUCACUCGUUUGUUUCUCCAAAGCCCCACCCUCCAAUAACAAAUUCCGGUUCUUCUCUUUCUCUCUUCUCUCUUCUCUAUCUCUACCCAAAAAAAUAUUAAAAUAUUCUUACAAAGAACGCAUUUUUCAGCUCCAUUUGCUCACUCCAAACAGUGAAUAAAGCAAUCCCAUCCUGAUCCUCCCAUGUCCUCCUCAGAUCAGAUCUCGCCUUCUCUCUCCAAUUAACAACGAAUUUACACUAGAACUUCUCCAAAUUCAUGGCGACCUUGCAGAAAUUCAAACUCUUAGCCACCCAAUGCGCCGUAGCCGGAAGCCCCACCCGGAGCCCAUCCGCCAGCCCAGUCAUUCACCUCCGCCGCCGCAAAACCCUAAGAAUGUUCCUCUCCCGCACCGACCGCCGCCGAUUUACUAGCCGGAGCAACUCCGACCCUCCAGUAAUCAACGGCGACGACGGCGACGACGAUGAUCGGCCGCAGAAGAGCAAGGAGGUCGCGAAGGUUCGGCACAAACUUAAGGACCUCUUCGUCUCCUCGCCGCCUUUAGAAGAUAGGGUUUCCGAUAGGAGCCGAGGAAUUGAACAAGAAGAAGAGCGAGGGUUGUUGUCUGCGACCGGAAGUGUCGGUGGUGUCGGUUCUGGUGGCUUCACGAGCCGGCGCGGUGCAGGCAUGUCGCUUCGGCCAUUAGCGGCGUCGUUUCGAUGUAGAUUACUGAAACGAGCUUGGCGGCCUGUGCUCGUCACCAUCCCCGAGUAGGCGUUCUCAAUUUUCUGUGGCUGUACGGAUAAUUCCAAAAUUUUAAUUAUUUUUUUCUUUUUUGGUUUUUGGAAAUAUUAAUUUUUGCUACUCGCGGAGUGUAAUUUUAGAUUAGAAAUAUAAAUAAAUAAAAUAACUAAUGGGAUUAUAAUAUUAUUUUGGCGCCGUUUGUUGCUUACGUGCGCCGGGUGUCGCUAACGCACUGAUCACGACGUAACGGGCCUUAGAGUUGGAGCAUCUUUAACGGCCUUUGCUUUGCGACGAAACUGGCCACAGAACGUGAGAGCAGCAGCGGCGUAUUUUAUCAGCUAGAUUCGGAUGUACGUUUAGAUCUUAUUAUUAAAAGUAUGGUAGGUUGUGGGAUUUUCUUUAGGAACAACAAUCUUUCUUAAUUCCAGACGAAAAAAAAGCAA